GUCAGGAUUGGACGAGAGGGAUCAUGUGCUCAGUAUGGCAUGGUUGCUGCUGAGGAUAUUGCAGAAGGCUACUGUUUAUUCCAAGUACGCAGAUCUUCUCUUCUCAUGCCAGCAAACACCGAUAUUGCAACCCUCAUAAGCAAAGAUCAGGUGAAGCUGUCAGCUACAAACCAGUGGGUACCACUCCUAAUAUCCCUCAUGUAUGAACAGAACUGCACAUCUUCCAGGUGGCGACCUUACCUUGACCUGGUACCAGACUUUGAGGCCUUGGACUUACCCCUGUUUUGGGAGAGCUCUGAAGUAGAAAAAUACCUGAAGGGAACUGGUGUUGAUCUGGCUGUUGAGAGAGAUCUAAGAAUGAUUGAAUCAGACUACAACAACUUGGUGCUUCCCUUCUUUCAGCGUCAUGAAGACCACAUAAAAUUACAGAGAAAAGAUUUUGAAUUCUUCAAGAAAAUGGUGGCAUUUGUCAUGGCGUACAGUUUUACUGAGCCGCAGGGUGGUAACCAAGGUGGUGAUGAUGAUGAUAGCGAGGAUGAAGAGGGACCUGUGACCUCUGCACCAAUGAUGGUUCCUGUGGCAGACAUUUUGAACCAUGUGACCAACAACAAUGCUAAACUGACAUUUGGGAAAGAGGCCCUAAAGAUGGUGACAACAAGAGCAAUAAAGAAGGGGGAAGAAAUCUAUAACACCUACGGCCAGGUGUCCAACCUCCACCUGAUGCACAUGUAUGGUUUUGCUGAGCCUUUUCCGGAUAAUGUAAAUGAUGUGGUGGAGAUUCCUGUGACGAGACUGUUGGCAGCUGCCAAGGAAAGCACAGGUGACAGCGAUACAGAUCUUCUUGAUAAGAAAUGGAAGUUUCUUGUGGAGACGGAUGUGGUAGCAGAUGAUGAUGUCAUUGUCCUAGGGCAGGAUGGGAUCAUCACGGAUGAUGUUUGUCUGGAGACUCUGAAGGUAUUGACCAUGUCAGGGCCUCAGUUUGCAGACCAUGUUUCCAAGGGAGGAUGGAGUGAUGCAGAGAGUGAAUCAUCAUCAUCAUCAGAGACCGGCCUAGACUUUGCGAAAAUUCAACAGUUGGACUCCAGGUGGAAGAGUUUACUGAAAAGAAUGGGUGAGCUGCAUUUAGAGGGAUAUCCUACAAGUAUAGAAGAGGAUGAGAUGCGGAUGAAGUCAGCGGCAUCUCUACAGCCUCGAGCCAGAUACUCUUUGUAUGUUGCCCACGGGCAGAAGAUGCUGCUGAAGUCAUUGUUAGACUCAUGUGGUGAAAUUAGUUAA